CUUGUGCCUUGUUUCAAGUUGACCAAGGUUCAAUCACACCAUUAGCACUAUCCUUCGAUAUGGGCCAAUCAAUACCGAUACUUUCGAGGUCCCUGCGCCGCCAAAACUAACGUCGGCAAUCACCAUAGUUGGUGAUCAAUGUACCUCUAACUCCAGCAUGCAUGUAGAUGGCUUUCAUAGGCAUCCAGGGAUAGAUACUACUCACAAUGAGCGUUGACGCUCACGAUUAUGCAAAUGACGGUUCCUCAUCACCGACAGCAGUCCCGCCACACAUCGACAUCGAGGCCCAGCCUCAGCUCGAGCGACCCUCCACCAACGACGCCCCUCUCCCCUCCGACUCGUUUUCAGCACCAGCUCGAAUCGACUCCAUCUCAACAAUCCGCCGGCGCUCAAAACGCACCAAUACUCUACGUUCCUACUACAGAGAUGGAUUGAGCCCCGAACGGCACUGGAAAGCUGGCAACGAACCCGGCAUUGAUCCUAACACAACCUUACCCCCCACCGGCUCUGAAUGGGAUAAUAUCCCCAUCGACCUGCACCGCCAAUGCGAAAUCACUAUCGUCGACUUCUCGCAACUCGAAAUGCGCCAGUAUGUGCUCGACAACGAGUCCCUGGAGCCGUUCCUGCGGCGCGAAAAAGAGCCGUGGGUGCAAUGCCGAUGGAUCAACAUCAACGGGCUGAGUUGGGACGUAAUUCGGAGUUUGGGAAGUCAUAAAAAUUUGCACAGGCUGGCGAUUGAGGAUUUGAUGCAUCCGCAUAAUAGGACCAAGGUGGACUGGUAUUCGGAUCAUGCGUAUAUUGUAUUGUCGUUGCAGAAGCUUAUCAAGCUUUCGCACGAUGAUCACAAGUGUGACGAGAAUGACGAGGAGAAGGACUCGCAGUAUAAUACCGACUCAGAUUCGGAUGAUAUUAUCCCCCAGGUCACGGUGCGGCGCAGGAAGUGGCAUGUUAUCAAAGCUGCGCUCCAAGAUUUGCUCUUCCCGCGAAGUUGGCGGGUGAGUGGUAAGGAGAAGAGGUAUAAUAAAUCGUCAGAGAAGAAUAGAAAUAAAGACAUUGGCAAGGCCUCGUCAUACAACUCCUUUCAAAACGAUCACGCGGGGAAAUCGCCCAUGCCGCGCACACUGCAACGGUUCAGAGGCGGACCGAAUGAAGAGCGGAUCGAAUUCAUGGAGCGCCAUGCGGUUCUGGCUUCUCAGGGUUUGGGGGUGACCUUGGAGCAAGUAUCGAUUUUCCUGGGUGCCGAUAACACCGUUUUGUCCUUCUUUGAUGCAAGCGCUAGUGAUGUAGAAGCGCCGAUCGUGAAGCGACUGAAAUCUCCAGAGACAAUACUACGACAAUCCUGCGACGCCAGCAUGCUCGUACAGGCAAUUCUCGAUGCUAUUAUCGACCUCGCCAUCCCCGUGACUUUAGCCUACCAGGACGCAAUUGGAGACCUGGAGGUUGCGGUUCUGACUGACCCCAGUAUAGAUCAAUCCAAGAGUCUAUAUGUCUUGACGUCUGAGAUCUCAGUACUACGCAAUACCAUGCAGCCCGUUGUCGCGGUCAUAAAUGCGCUACGAGACCACCGCUCACAGCCAGUUCAGACUCCUGGAGUCGGGGCUUAUAUCCCUGGUCAACCGAUGUCGUCUAAUCCGACAUCGUUUAUUGGAGAGAAUACAGCUUAUAUUGGAACGGCGACCCCGAAUUUGAAGAGUCUUGGUGGCUCGACGGUUACGAUUAGCGCUAUGUGCCAUACCUACCUCGGUGAUGUAUUGGAUCAUUGUAUAACGAUGACAGAGGGCUACGAUCAAAUGAGGAGAUCGGCGGAUAACAUGAUUGAUCUGAUAUUCAACACAAUCGGGGCCUAUCAGAACGAGAGUAUGAAACAGCUGAGCUUGGUAACAGCUUUAUUCCUUCCAUUAACAUUCUUGACGGGAUAUUUUGGGAUGAAUUUUGUGCGUUUUACAGGAGUUCAGCAGCACAGUGAUGCAUACUUCUGGCAGAUAGCCGUGCCGUUUGUGGUAGUAGUCACCUUUUUUCUAAUGCGUGAUAUGAUCGGACGGUACUUCUUCAAGACUGCACAGAAAAGACUGUUUAUUAGUUCGCGAAAGCACAGGCAGGCAAGGAGAGAGAAGCGGGAUUAACUGAUUACUUUCUGGACUCUGUAUUAAUUGAUAUUGGCUGUUUACUCGGCGUGGAAUGGCUUAGAUUGGCAUGUCACUCUGUAUGAUAAGCGUUUAUAUCGUGAUAAGUGUAUAUAUUCAUUGUAUACAAUAUUAUACAUAUCUAAUAAUUAGACAUUAAAAAG